AUGAAGGGUGCCCUCCCGCUCAUGGGUAACGCACUCUCUCCGCGGGGCCAGCGCGCGCCGUUGGCCUCCCUGCCUCCUCUGCGACCCUCUGCCCCGGAAGCAUCACCCGUACCAGGGCAGGUGGUCAACAACGACUACCUGGCGAGCUUCCGCGGGGCGGCGGACCUGUCGCCUGAAGUGUCGCCCCUCGGCUCGCCCAUCUCCUCCCCCACAAACUCGCCCAGCAGGACCGCACCAGACCACCUGCCCGACUUUGGCCUCGCCCGCAGCAGCAGCAGCAGCGAGACGGACGCGAAGAAGGCGGCAGCGCCUCGACCCACCCCGCUCUUGCUCCCGACCUCCAACUGCGCUAACUCGUCGCCAUCGUCGAGUUCAAGUACUAGACCCACGCCGAGCAGCGGCGGCAGCAGCCUCAAGAGGCCAUUGCUGCCUGUGCUGCCAACGGGUCUGAAGAAGCCCGCCAAGCACACGCCAAUUCUAGGCCUGUCGAGCCAAACCACGCCGACCACGCCGACCACGACAAUACCGAGCAGGUCAUCGGAGGCGUCAGAGCGGCGCAGCAACGAUGGCGAACACGAUCGGAAGCGAAAGCACGACGCUCGAGUUGGUCUCAGCCUGCCCAACGCGCUCGCCUUUGCCGCGGUCUCACCAAAGAAGGCGCGUGGCGGCGCCGUUGACUCGACGAAGGGCAGUACACCAGUGCCGACUGCCCCUCCGCUGCCUCUCGUCCACAAGUUGGCCAAAGCUGGUGGGGCGCCGCGUCGGAGCUGGCCGGCCUCAACCAUCACACCAGCGUCGGCGUCGGCGAGCAAGCCAAAAGCCGAUGUCGGUCUCGCUCGGCUGGCGCGGCACAUCAAGCAGGAGCGCUUCCACGAACACGAUGCCGAUCAGAUGGACGAGGAGGGUGGCCCCGACGUACGCGAUGUGGUGGAAAAGCUCGCCAACACGCCCGCCUACGCCCCGUCAGAGCACCUGAUGUGCCCGCUCCUUCACGAGGUCAUGAGCGACCCCGUGUUUGCUGAGGAUGGCUUCACAUACGAGCGGUCGGCCAUCGAAGACUGGAUCCGUCGGCUCCUCCCUCCCGACCGGGCCAACGACGACGUGCCUGUGACCGGACCCAACGGCGACGCGAUAUCGAUUGCCGCCCUGCGCCCCAACCGGUUCGUCCAGAUGGCCGUCGAGCGAUGGCAGCGGCGGCGCAAGGCGAUGGAGGCGCUUGUGACGGGCGCCGACGAGUCCAUGGUGGCCCGUCGGUUGCGAUCCAGGCUCGAGCAGAUCCACGCACUACAGCGCAACCACUUUGAAAAGGCCCAACAGCUGGGCCAGAUCGAGCUCGAUCUGCGCGAGGUGCAACGCAAGGAGCACGAAGCCGGCAGCGCCGUCGCGGCCAAGGAGGAACUCAUCGCCGAGAAGGAGGCGCGUAUGUGCACGAUCGAGGCCCAGCUGCACGAGCUUUCUCGCGAACUCGAAGAGCUGCGGGCCAUCCGAGGCGCCGAAAAGCAGCAGCUCGCCCCGCUCCAGCAAGAGGUCGACGCACUACGCAACCAGACCUCGCUCCUCCAGCACUCUGGGGCGGCACUUUUCUGCGAGGCGGAGGAGGCCAGGGCCGAACUGAACAAUGUGUGGGCGCAGAGCAUCGCGUGUCGUGCGCAGCUGCAGGAGGCCAAGGAGCUCACCAACGAGGUGCAAAAGGUGAUCGAAGAGCACCCCGAGGCCGCGGCCGGUCUGCGGCAUAAGCUCGAGCUGUCGGCCGGCGACCUAGGUCACUUGCGCCAGGAGAUCGAUGAUAUUCAACAGCAGAUUGCCAAGGAGCUAUGUCGAUGCUCUCGUGUGAUUGCGGAGGAGGACCCGAGCCGUGUGGAGAUGCUCUCGCGUGCUCGUGCUCUAGGUUCGAGGGAAGCCCGGUACCUGCUGGGCAAGUACUACAUGCGCUGCACCGACCCCGGACUCAAGGCACCCACACACCUGCAUCGCUGCAUUCCCGUUGCCAUUGCGCUAAGCUCUGUCGCACGCGUCGCGCAGGCUAAGGCGUACUCCUACUUGACGAGAAUUGCGGAACCGAACGCAGAGCAGGACGAGUGGGCCACCAAGGCCAUGUACCAGCUCGGGCUGUGCCACCUGUACGGCAUCCACACGCAGGCCGACCCGUCCCUCGCCUUUUGCUAUUUCUGCAACGCAGCCGAUCGAGGACACGCGCGAGCGCAGAACAUGGCGGGUAGCUUCUACGACGGGAUUAUGAGCCCGGCGAUGCCGCGCGAUGUGGAGUUGGCUCUGGGGUACUUCCAUAAGAGCGCCGCCCAGGGCUAUCGACCGGCCCAGUACAACCUGGCCGUCCUCCUUCUGUCCGACCAGGCCAGGGACGAGCCAAAGGCAUUUGCGCUGUUCAAGGAACUGGCCGAGAGCGGAGAGAAGGAGAGCAUGCUGAAGCUCAGCUGGUGCUACGAGGAAGGCAGGGGUGGACUGCGAGGCGGCAAGGCACUGGCGCGAGAGAGCUCUCGCUGUGAAGUGAAGCCCGCCAACCGCUGA